GCCCCUGCCAGGCUAAGCGGGCAGCGCAGGGCCACCGGCAGCAGCGGCCAAAGAUGUGCCCGCUCGGGCGGCUCCCACGCCGAGUCUGAGGCCCCGCCAGCCCGCCGCCAUGUCUCAGAUGCUGCACAUCGAGAUCCCCAACUUCGGGAGCACGGUGCUGGGCUGUCUCAAUGAGCAGCGCCUGCUGGGCCUCUACUGCGAUGUGUCCAUCGUGGUCAAGGGCCAGGCCUUCAAAGCCCACCGGGCCGUGCUGGCCGCCAGCAGCCUCUACUUCCGCGACCUGUUCAGCGGCAACAGCAAGAGCGCCUUCGAGCUGCCGGGCACGGUGCCGCCCGCCUGCUUCCAGCAGAUCCUGUCCUUCUGCUACACGGGCCGGCUGACCAUGGCGGCCAGCGAGCAGCUCGUGGUCAUGUACACGGCCGGCUUCCUGCAGAUCCAGCACAUUGUGGAGCGCGGCACCGACCUCAUGUUCAAGGUGAGCUCGCCCCACUGCGACUCGCAGACCACCGUGAUGGAGGACGCCAGCUCGGAGCCCCAGAGCCCCUGCAACCAGCUGCCGCCGGCCGCCCCCGGGCCCCCCUACGUCGUGUCCCCUUCCGUGCCCAUCCCUCUGCUGACCCGCGUGAAGCACGAAGCCACGGAGCUGCCGCCAGCGGCCGGUCCGGGCCUGGCGCCCAAGCGCCCGCUGGAGUCUGGGCCCCGGGACGGCGCGGCGGUGGCGGCGGGCACGGCGGUGGCGGCCGGCGCGACCCCUCUCAAGCUGCCCCGGGUCUCCUACUACGGGGUGCCCAGCCUGGCCACCCUCAUCCCCAGCAUCCAGCAGGUGCCCUACUCCCAGGGGGAGCGGACCAGCCCGGGCGCCAGCAGCCUGCCCACCACCGACAGCCCCACCUCCUACCACAACGAGGAGGACGAGGAGGACGACGAGGCCUAUGACACCAUGGUGGAGGAGCAGUACAGCCAGAUGUACGUCAAGGCCACCGGCAGCUACGCAGUGCAAGAGAAGCCGGAACCGGUGCCGCUGGAGAGCCGCUCCUGUGUCCUCAUCCGCCGGGACCUGGUGGCCCUGCCCGCCAGCCUCAUCAGCCAGAUCGGGUACCGCUGCCACCCCAAGCUCUACUCGGAGGGGGACCCCGGCGAGAAGCUGGAGCUGGUGGCAGGCUCAGGCGUCUGCAUCACGAGGGGCCAGCUGAUGAACUGCCACCUGUGUGCGGGCGUGAAGCACAAGGUGCUGCUGCGGAGGCUGCUGGCCACCUUCUUCGACAGGAACACACUGGCCAACAGCUGUGGCACAGGCAUCCGUUCGUCCACCAGUGACCCGAGCCGCAAGCCACUGGACAGCCGAGUCCUCAACGCUGUGAAAUUGUACUGCCAGAACUUCGCGCCCAGCUUCAAGGAGAGCGAGAUGAACGUCAUCGCCGCGGACAUGUGCACCAACGCCCGCCGCGUCCGGAAGCGCUGGCUGCCCAAGAUCAAGUCCAUGCUGCCGGAGGGCGUGGAGAUGUACCGCACGGUCAUGGGGUCCUCGGCCGCCAGCGUGCCCCUGGACCCCGAGUUCCCGCCCGCCGCGGCGCAGGUGUUCGAGCCGCGCCUGUACGCGGAGCGGCGCGGGGACGCGGCCGCCACCGUGGCGCUGAGAACUGACCUGGGCGCCCCCGCCAGCGCCGCCUUCGAGGCCGGCGAGGAGGCGGAGGGCGCCGGCUCCGUCAUCCAGGAGGUGGCGGCCCCCGAGCCGCUGCCCGCCGACGGCCAGAGCCCGCCGCGGCCCUUCGAGCAGGGCAGCGGCGGCUCCAGCCGGCCCCCGACGCCCGCCGCGCGGAGGCCCGACGGCGCCUACGCCGGGACUUUGUAGGGCGCCCAGGGACCGGUCCUAGCAGCUUGCAUGCGUUACUAAUACAAACAAAUGUGAUCCAGCCACUUACCUACUGAACUGCUGUUGCCUGAGAAAAAUGUGAUUUUUAUUCUGCUUGUAUUUAAAAUUUAUGAAGGAAACAAAUGCAUUCGUGACACUGUAAGCAAUUAGCCCACUGGCUGCUGAGCUGUGAGGAAGGCCCAGGGCCCCUUUGGAUACUCGAGGUCAGUCUCCAAGUGUAGCUUCUCCCUCCUCGGAGGGGCGAGAGGCCCCAGGCCCUUGUGCCCAGCCCUGCCCGAGCCUCCCCCUUCCUGCCCUCUGCCAGGACGAAGCCAGGGACCCGCGUCCUUACCCAAGAGGACGCCGCCCACCUCUCCGCGGCCACAGCCAGGGCUGGGCCCCCAAGGGCCAAACUCCCUGUUUUUCCUUCUUUUUGCAACUCGGGGCCAGGCCUGCCGGGCCGCUGUGAGUGUGGGGGGGUGUGCUAGCCUGUGUGUGAGCGUGUGUGGGGAGCAGCGUGACGAAGCUGGGCCUUGCUGUCCCUGUGAGGAGGAAGGGUUCCUGGCUGCACCUGCUCUCCGCCCCCACAGCCCCUCGGUGCACCUGGGCCCCUCUGGCUCCUGCCUGCUGCUCGCUGUCCCAUGGGGCGGGGCGCCACCCAGGUGCCCCCCCAGCCUUGUUGGGAUUAUGUUUGUUUAUUUGUUCUCGUCUGAAUACAGAUCAAUUUCAUACAUGGUUUGGAAACUUUCAGACCCAAAAGAGCAAAAAAUUAGGGAGGACUGGGUGUUCCUGCCCCUGACCCACUAUGGCUUGAGGGCAGGUCAUCUGUAUGCCAUGUCCCCCCACCCCAAGGCCAGGUUUUACUCACCUCUUGUUGGGGGCCAGAGUGUGUGGCGAUGUGGAAGCUAUUCAGGGGCGGCCUGAGGGCCGGGCAUCGUGCUGCGGGGGCCAGGGGCCGGGCUGGGGUUCUGACCCUUGGGGUGUGCCCCACGCGGAGGCUGCAGCGGGGGGCACAGGCCUGAGCUGAGGCAGUUGCAGGGUGCCCGAGGCAGCAGGUGCCAGGUUCUGGCAGGUGUGAGGAGGGCCAGCAAGGACCAGCGCAGCAGUUACUGGUGUGUUUGAUGCUAGAAUGUUCCCUUUGAAGUGUAAUUGCUGGUUUUGGGGGGGAAGGAACAUGGGUUGUUCCGUAGCCACUUGCCCAGGGGCUCUGUCCUCGUCCAGGGGCUGCCUUCCUCCCAAGUCCCAGGCAGCCCCCAGAUGUGGCCAGAGACACCCCCUCUGUUCCCAAACUGCAGGGGUCUCUUGCUUGGUGCCUCGGUCUGCAGCCGUCUGCCUGUGCGUAGGGCCAGGCAGGCGAGGCUCAGACCCACUCAGGACCCACAGAGCUGAGCCUCCCCAGCUGCAGGGCCGUGGGGGGUGGUCCCAGCAUGGGGCAACCUGGAGGGGUGUUCAGCUCUUUCCCGCUUACUCCUGCUGACCGCUGCCCUUCCUGUGGGGAGACACUGCUGAGGUGGGGGAUCCUUCCCAGCCUUCUGGCCCCCUCCAGCCAGGCCAAGGGGUGCCUGGCCUCCAGGAACACCUGCAGCUUCUGGGAAGGGGUGGAGGACCCUGGUGGGCUGGCUCGGGAGGUCAUCUCAGCCCCUUUGGCACCGUCCCUGCCCGGGACACGGGCCGAGCCCUGGGGUCUGUGUCUCAGGAGGCUUCCGCUCCUGCUGGGCUUCCAGCCAGCACCUGGCCCAGGGGUGGGCGCCGCCUCCUCCCAGCUGGGCCAGGGCCCACUAGGGACCAGAAUGGAGCCCUCCUGGAACUGAGAGGCCAUGACCCCCGCAUGCUCAGGAGGCCUCAGGGCCAUGAGGUGACGGUGGGUGAGGCUGACUCCCACCCAUCGCCCCUCUGGAGUUUCCCUUAUCUGCUCUUCCCACCCAAAUUUGCACUUUAAUUUGACCAUCCCUGGGGACCCUCGAGACAGGCCCACCUGUCCUGACUGUUGACAGAAGGGCUUGCUCUGUCUCCCUCUCUCUCCUCCACUCCAGAGUGGGCACGGCCGCCCACCGGGGCCAGGACAGGGAGGGUGCCACUGGCCCAGCAGAGGAGGCGGUGGCCGCACAGAGAAGGCCUGGCCGAGGCUCAGGCCUGCACAAUGUCCCGUGACCUCUGCCCUUAAUGUGUGUACGCGCUGUCUGUUUUGUUCUGGGUGAGGAAGGCAGAGCCGCAGGUGGAACUUGAAUCAUUAAAUGUGAAUGGGUUCUGAGCUCUCCCGUGCCCCGGGCGGGCCGGGCGAGCAUUUUGCACUAAUGUGUCCCGCGGUGGGCGUGGGUCCGGAGCGUUUGCAGACGGGAAUGGCUGACGAUUGUACGUGCCGGGGCGUCCCUCCGAGUCCCGGGCGUUCCGCGGGGCGGCGGCGGCCUGGCUCGGGGGGCCUUUCAGAGUGCCUUAGCAUCUUUUGAUCAUUUUUCCCAAGGAAAACCAAUUACGAAAACCGGACCCUCCCCCUCCUCUGUUUACAAGACGAAUAAUUCCUGUUCUGUCGGCGUGAUCCUGACCCCCAGACCCUGUAGCUGGAGAGACGAGCCACUCAGUAUUUAUGAGAUGUGUGCACCUUUAUCCCUGAGCUUGACACUAGCAAUACGCAUAUACUACAUAGUCUAUUAUAGAGCUAAGUCGUGAUGCCGCGAGGAGGAGAGAAGGGCCUAAUGGCGGGUAGCUGGUGUGGCGGCUGGACCCCAGGCCCCGCCCUCCUGCGGGAGGCAGCUGGGGAGGUGUGCAAACGGUCCCAGGUCCCACGGAGGGGACCAGAGAUGUGACAGAACUGUGAGCUCGGGUGGGGCCCGCCCCAGGCCGCCGGUCUCGGUACUUGAAUUGUCUCGUUUUCUGCACUGUGUCUGGCUUGCCCAGAGUUCUCUGUGGUCACUUAAUUUUGCAUUGGAUGUGAUUGUCUGUCUUUGCCCAGACUGGGCGCAGCUGUGGAUGAGAGCGAGAGGGCAGACCUUGGGCGCGAGCCGGCGUCCCCUUCCCGGCCCCGGUGCGGUGCCUCUGGGCAGGGUCUCCGGGAGCCUGGUGUAUUUCUCCUCCAGGAAAAUUUAUUUUGUUUAUGUUCGGCGCUGGGAGGAAGGCAGAGGCGGGGCGGCCGUGCGGGGACGCGGGUGUGCCGGCCCUGACCUGUUCUCGCUGCAUAGUGGGGACCGUCUCGCCGGCCCUGUGCGGCCUCCCCGGCCUUUGACUGCUCAGAUCCUCCUUAGACAGGUUGUUUUCAUGGAAAUAUCUCUCAGGAGGGAAGGGCCAGUUACCCAUUAACCAGCUGAAAACUCCGAGAAAGCAGUGACCGCCGCAGCCCCGGGGUGCGCCGCGUUCAGAGUGUCGCUGCUGCCUGAAGGCUUGCGCUCGGACCCGAGACCGGCAGGGCGUGGCACAGGGUGUCUCUAACGUGGCAAAGGUUUUGGGUGUUUUGUGUGUGUGGUGUUUCUUGGGAGUAAAGACGGAAAGGAAAAUGAUGCAGAAUCUAAAGCGUUCAGAUUGGACAGCCCGCUCGAAUUCCCAUCAGUUGCGUUGUUAGCGUUUUGCACAUGACUGUAAUUUUUAUGUCAACAGAAGCCAAAACUCGCAAUACUAUUUUUAGCAGACAAAAAAAAAAAAAAAAAAA